UAUUGUGGUUCAAAAAUCUCUACACUUUCUUCAUUUACUGGGAGUAAAUAGAGAGGAUCAUGUUAUAAUUUUCUUGAUGAAGCUCGAGUCAACGGUGAAAUAAUGUGGGGGCGCUCCAUGUUGAGUUGAAUGUAACACUAAGACGAUGCACGUAGGCAGUAAAUUCUGAAAUAAAUUUUAGAAUUUGUUUUAAAAAGAUGGAAGAGAAAAGCCAAACCACCUGUGAGAAGUAUGCUGCUGAUAUAUUCUCCAUAAGAGAGGCACAAGUACGCAUUAAGUCUUUUGUACACAGAACUCCAGUCCUGUCCUCUGAAACUCUGAAUUCUAUUGCUGGAAGGAAGCUACUUUUUAAAUGUGAAUGUUUCCAGAAGGGUGGAGCUUUUAAAUUUAGAGGGGCUUGCAAUGCUAUCUUUUCACUUGAUGAUGGUCUGGCAGCUCGAGGAGUUGUAACUCAUAGCAGUGGUAACCAUGCUGCAGCACUCUCUUUGGCUGCGAAACUACGGGGGAUCCCGGCUUAUAUAGUUAUACCAAAAAAUGCUCCGAAAUGCAAAGUUGAAAAUGUUAAGCGUUAUGGUGGCAAUGUUAUCUGGAGUGAGGCCAAUAUGCAGUCUAGGGAGGAAACUGCAGCCAAGGUGGUAAAAGAGACUGGUGCAGUUCUUGUUCAUCCAUAUAAUGAUGGUCGUAUCAUAAGUGGGCAGGGUACCAUGGCACUGGAGCUUCUAGAGCAAGCCCCACAAAUAGACACUAUAAUAGUUCCAAUAAGUGGAGGGGGGUUGAUAUCAGGGGUGGCAUUGGCUGCCAAGUCCAUCAACCCUGCCAUUCGAGUUUUGGCUGCUGAACCUAUUGGAGCAAAUGAUGCAGCUCAAUCCAAAACAGCUGGUAGGAUUAUAAAUUUGGCGGAGACCAAUACCAUUGCAGAUGGGCUUCGAGCUUUUCUGGGAGAUCUCACCUGGCCUAUUGUACGAGAUUUUGUUGAUGAUGUCAUAACUGUGGAUGAUAAGGAAAUUGUAGAAGCUAUGAGACUUUGUUACGAGAUUCUGAAGGUUGCGGUAGAGCCUAGUGGAGCCAUAGGCCUUGCAGCUGUUCUAUCAGAUAAUUUUAGGAGAAAUCCUACUUGGAAGGAUUGCAGCCACAUAGGAAUUGUACUUUCAGGAGGCAAUGUCGAUCUGGGUGUUCUUUGGGAUUCCUUCAACAAAUGAAGGUUCAAUCAUUUCUUGUGCAAUAUAAACUUGCUUCAUUCUUUGCCUUGGCUAUGAAGUUUGCUUUACUUACAUGUCACCUCAGCAUUCACUUUUGAAUUAAGCUCAGCAUGUAAACAUAGCUGUGAAACUAUAUAUCAUAAUCCACGUCUUUACUCAAGUUUCUGCUUUGUUGUUCCUGGUUCAAAAUAAAGUAGCUCAUUGAGGAAGUGUAUAAAGCAGUCCCAGAGGCAGGGAAUGAAACACACUGCAAUCUCUAUAUGAU